CAAACACUACGGCCUGCUGAAGCAGAGACAGCGGCAGGUUAGCUGGCUUCAUUACUUUUACCCCACAAACUGUUGGAUGUCACUUUGCUGCUUAACCUAUGUGCGUUAGUUAGAUUUAUCAGGUACCUCAGACUCAGCUUAUGUCAGAGAUGGAGGGUGAACACGACAGCGCCUCGGAGUCGGGUGAUGUUAUGGAGACUGGUGAAAGCUUGAAUGUGGAAAGCCUAAAGGUAGAUGUCCCGACACAGAGUGCUGACCUUACACAGACAGAGGCCGAGCUGGAGGAAUGUACAGAGAGCCAAGAACUGAAAGUGGAGGUUCGCACUUUAAGUACAUUACUGACAGCAGGUCAGGAAACACAGCCGGAUUCAGCACUGACAGGCCUGAGUCAAGACGGAUUCAGCCAGCGUGAAAGUGAAAUAAUCAGGACUUCUGAUAAUGUUGGAAACUCAACAGCAACAGUUAAGAUCUUGCUUAUGCCAGAGGGGCACAUGAUGACCAUGGCCUUUACUAUUGGCCUCACAAGUCAGGACCUGAAGAAUCAUUUUGCCAGUGAGCUGAGAGUACCAUCAGACAUUAUUCAGAUCACACUGAAUGGUCAGGCUGUAGAUAACCACCAGACGCUGAUGGGCCUGGGAGUGCAGCCACAUGGCACGGUCCAGUUUGAGAUGAGCUCAUUAGACCCUGAGAAUUACCCCAUCAAACCAGUUAAACCACAGCACGCAGAGUGCAGCAUGCCUGAUGUCAUUACUGUCAGAGUGCAGACAGAUGUAAACACUUUUCAGGAUGUGGUGGUAGAGAUAGAGAGAGCCACGCUAAAGAAGCCUUUCCUGGGAGGAUAUCGCCACAAGGUCACUAAAACGGAGUAUCAUCAUGCUGCAGUACAGACUAUCCCCAGGAGGAGGCCUGAUAGAGGAGUGGAGAUGUUCAGCAGAGAUACACAGACAGUGGAGUUGAAGAGCCAGGCUCAACAGUGCACCAUCAACACUUCCACUCAGAUGACUAAGAUUGGCUGCUACGUGUCCAACAUGAAGGACAAACUCAUCACACCAGGCACCUACGUCACUGCAGAUGAGUUUCACGGCAAGAGGCUGAAGGCUGUAAUAACGUUACAGACAUACUUCAGGCGCUGGCAGGCCAUGCAAUUGACCGCUCAGCUGAGGCUGGAUAAAGAACUGCAUCUGGCCUGGGCAGAGAGAGAGGAGAGAAGGAAGAUAGAGGAAAAGGAGGAGCAGUUUAGGGCUGAGUACCACAGGAGAAUGAACCCAGAGAAAAAAGAAGACUUUGCUCUGCUCUACAGUGCACUAGAAAAGUGGAGGCAGGAGGAGGUGGCGCGCAUUAAUGCCUCUCUAAGUGGAGCGGAAAGGAAGGCAGCACUGUGUGCUCUCUUGGAGCAGGAGACACAGUUCAUUUCUUCUAUCGGAUGCCACCGCAUUGCUGCAAAAGGGAGGAAUCAGGAGAAGGCAGUGCAAGCCUUCCUGGACAAGUGUGCAGCCCCUAAGACGUGGCGAGCGUUUGAUGGGAUUAUGACCCAGAUGGACACUCCUCACAGUAUCAGGGCUAAAGAGCUAAGAGACCUCUACAGUAGCAUUAACCUGCAGUACUUCAGCCAGGAGGAGCGCCUCGACGUGCUCCUCACCCUCAAACACACUGUCAAGGAGCAUGACUGUAAGCUGACUCAGCAGAUAGUGGAGCUGAUUGACAGAGAGGCUGAUCUGCUGCGGAGAGGAGUGAAGGAGAGUAACUUAGAGGGGCUGAGGAAGAGGAUAUCCACCCUCUUUCUCCAGUUCAUCAAAACCCCCACUUUCAACCCCCAGGUGGCCAAAUUGUUGCGGGUGCCACAGGAUCCAGCCCAGCUGAGGAAGAACAUCUACUUCUGCCGUGGCUGCAGUAACUACCUGCUCUCUACUGAAUUCACUCUGACGACUAACACGCAGGUGGUGGGGCUUUGCCGUCGCUGCUCAGAGCUGGACAAUGAGGCUCGGCGCAGAGAGGAUUUCUCUCAUUACAAAACCAUCCUUAGAUGCCUGCGCAAAGCGGAGGCAAAGUACAGCCCAGAUGCCAAAAUCACCUACCUGCUACAGGAACAGGAUCUGCAGUAUCUGGUGGAUGUGGUGUGGGGUGCGCAGUCUGCUCUGAGUGCCUGGAAUGACCUGCAUGAUCUAGUGCUGGUGCGCUGGGACAGGCAGUGGGAGUGGAGCCCCUGGAACUGCAUCCUGCUCACCAAGGACGAAGCGGCUGCACACCACAAAGUUGAGAACGUAGAGAAGGCAUACAGCGUGCCGUUUAUCCGUAACAUCAAGCACAAACACACUCUGGCCCGGAAGUACUUCUCUCAAAUUCCUAUGAUGGCUGAGCACCUUCACGAUGUGGACUCGAAGCCUGCUGCCCACAGUGACCUGCUGGUCACAAAACCCAUCACCACGGCAACCAAGUAACAUCAGUAAGGCACCACCCACAAGCCCUAAAGUCCUCAGCACUAUCUGCAACUCUACUGCAUUUAUGUUUCUUGUUUCUAGAACUCUUUUAGAACAUAAUAAACAAAGCAAUACACAUGAUGCAGAGAUGCUUUAGAUCAUAACUUUUGCACUAAUGAUCUGUUGAUGUCUAUGUUGUGUCUGGUUUCAUACAAGAGAGUCUUUGAGUGUCUUGACUUGCUCUCUAAUGGAUUUCUGAACUACACCCAGCAUGAAAUAAAGCUAUUGAGAUCCAUUUUUCACUCACAGCCUAGUUGUUCACCAUAAAACGUUUUAUUUGCUCCGUUGUGCUGUAUUUUCUUGUCAAGAUAGACAGCUUAUGCAUGGUGCA